AUGACCAAUUUAGACGAUCUGCCUGACGACUACUAUGUCAAACAAUCCGCAUUCACAAAAGCCCUACACCGAGAUAUAUACCAUGCUAUCGAUCCUCUGAAUGAGAAGCUCUCGCAGAAGGGAAAGGUCGUUGUGAUUACAGGCGCAAGCCAGGGCAUUGGUCAGAAGGCAUUCGCUGCUUCAUUUGCAAAAGCAGGUUCAAAGACCUUAUACCUCACAGGCCGAAGUGUGGCAAAUUUGGAGGAGACGAAGAAAUUGGUGUAUGGUCUCAAUCCGAAUGUUGAAGUGGUAGUUAAGGCUGUCGACGUCCAAAAUGAGUCCCAAGUCGCAGAGCUUUUCCACCAGAUCAAAGCCAACCAUGGUAAGGCUGAUGUCUUGAUUAACAAUGCGGGGUGCAAUAAAGGAGGCCCGAUUGGGAGUACCUCGAUCGACGGUAUUUGGACGGAUUUUGUGAGACUCGCUCUGUUACUGAAGGGAGAAGUAAUGGUGAAAGGCACCCUCAUGGUAACUCAACACUUCCUUAAGCUUCUUGGGGGGAAGUCAUUUGGGUAUAUCAUCAACAUCACUAGUGCAGGCGGAGUCUUUUUCACACCCGGGCCGGAUAGCUAUGGCAUGUGCAAGCUGCUGGAACUGCAAAUGCAGAGGUACAUCGCGGCAUUGAACCCGAAUGUUCUUGCAACGGCCCUUCACCCUGGUUCAAUUCUGACCGAAAUCACUGCACCUGCAUUUAUCCGGAUGUCCAAGGAUACCUUUGACUUGGCUGGCGGGACUGCGCUUUGGCUGGCCACUGAAGAAGCUCGAUUCAUGAACAGCCGGUAUAUGAGCGUGAAUUGGGAUGUGGAGGAGCUGGUGGAACGCCAGAAAGAGAUUGUUGAGAAGAACUUGUUGACGAUGGAAUUGAAGGGUCACUUUGGAGGCUUAAUUUGA